GAGUUAGAGUUAGGCUUAGUGGAAAUAACUAAGUACUUAUACAAUAUUAGUAUUAUAAACGGCGAAGGUUCGUAUGAUGGGAAGUUGAAAUAGCACCUCGCGUCUGGUUUAGGCCCCAUUUCCUAAUCGGGAAGCCAAUAUCAAAUACCAGAUUCUACUUAUAUUACUAGUAGACAAAUUAAUCUUAAGUAAAGUAACUAUAUGUUCUAUACCCAUGAAAACAACACCAUGCGAGGCAGCAAACAAAUAUAGCCAUCCUUAUACUCCAUACCAAAUUCAAAAUGAACUUAUGGAUGCAAUAUAUGAUACUAUAGAUAAGAAUUAUAAAGUAGGUAUAUUCGAGAGUCCAACUGGUACUGGGAAAACAUUAUCUAUAAUAUGUUCAUCUAUGACAUGGUUACGAGAUUAUAAACGGAAAAAUAACUUUGACAAUAACCAAAUAAAAGACCGUACCGCAGAAGAAGAGGAAGUAAGAGAAGAAGAAGACGAAGAAGAAGAUUCAGACGAUGAACCAGAAUGGGUAAAGCAGGCAUACAAGUCAUCGGUUUUAUCGAGAUCUAAGAAUAGAAUAAAAGAUUAUGAAGUUUAUUUAGAUACUUUGGAGGAAGAGUACAAGUCUAAUAUCCAUUCAGGAUAUAAAUUAAAGGAUGACACUAGAAGAAAAAGAAUUAAGUUGAAAUCCAAAGAGUUUCAAGAUGAAGAUUUUUUACCACUUGAUUACUAUAGUGAUUCUGAACAAAAUUCUACAAAUAGUGCCAAUGAUAAAAUCCAAGAAGAAGUAUAUCAAUUAAUGAAAAAAGUAGAUGGACUGUCUAAACUGAAAGAAGUUGAAAUGGUGAAUGAAUGUCCUGUAAAUAUUUAUUAUUCAUCCAGAACACAUUCUCAAUUAAAUCAGUUUUCUCAUCAAUUACGAUUAACAACCUUUAAAUCAUCAUUUGAUGAACUUACAGAAAGAACAAAAUAUUUACCACUUGCUUCAAGAAAACAUUUAUGUAUCAAUGAAUCAAUUCGAAAUCUUUCUAAAAAUGAUUCUGCAAUAAAUGAUGCAUGUAUAGACUUACAAAAGACUAAAGAUGGUUGCAAAUUUUUACCUAGAGCUGAUGAUCCCUUAUCGAAAAAGUUUUCUGAUUUAAAUUUCACUGAAAUUCAUGAUAUUGAAGAAUUGGAAGAGAUGGGGAAUAGUUUAAAGGUUUGUCCUUAUUAUUCAAUUAGAAAAGGACUCGAAAUAACUGAAAUUAUUUCUUUACCAUAUCAAAUGCUCUUCCAGGAUUCAACAAGAAACAUUUUAAAUUUGAAUAUUAAAGAUUCUAUUAUUAUAAUCGAUGAAGCUCAUAAUAUUCUUGAUGUGUUAAGUUCAUUAUAUUCUGUUUCAAUAUCUAUUGAUGAUCUAGAACGAGUUAUCAAAUCUUUAAAAUUUUACACGAAUAGAUUCUUGAAGAGAUUAAAUAGUGGGAAUAGAAUUAACUUAUUAAAAUUAAUAAAACUUUGUCAACUUGUAGUAAAGUUUAUUCAAGAAAGUCAAAAAUCAAAUAAAGUCAAGUUAGGUGAAGAAAUUUCAAUUGAAGAUAUAUUUGGGAAAUCUACAGGUGAUAUGUUCAACAUUCAUAAAAUUGAAGCAUUUCUUUCAAAAUCAAAAAUUGCAUAUAAGAUCGAAUCUUAUUUGGAAAAGAAUCACGAUGAAUUCACUUCAAGUUCUUCAAAUCCAUUAUUAUUUAAGAUAAUUAAAUUCUUAAAGACUCUAUCAAAUCCAGUAAAUGAAGGGAAAUUCUUUUGGGAUGAAAAUAAUAGUAAAACUUGUAUAAAUUAUAUGCUAUUAGAUCCAAGUGGAAUUUUUAAAGAAAUUGUACGAGAAGCAAGAUGUGUAUUACUUUGUGGAGGGACAAUGGAACCUGUAUCAGAUUAUUUAAACUAUUUAUUUCCUUAUGUUCCUAAAAAUGAAAUCAAAACCUAUUCUUGUGGUCAUAUAGUUCCUCCUGAAAAUCUUAAAGUUUUUCGAGUAUCUAAUCAUGAAGGUUCUGAACUUCUGUUUCUGUUUGAUAAGAGAGAAAAUGUUAAUAUGAUAAUUAAUUUAGGACUUAUGAUAAUAAAAAUAGCUAGUCAAGUUCCUCAUGGGAUGGUUGUGUUCUUUCCUAGUUAUAAGUAUCUAAAUCGAGUUCUUGAAGUAUGGAAAUCUCAACAGAAUAUAUUCAAGAUACUUUCAUCAAAGAAGAGAAUUCUUCAAGAACCUCAGGAUUCUUCAAAAGUUGAACAAAUCUUAAAUGAAUAUACAAAGGCAAUUAAAGAAGAAAAGUUUGGAGCAGUAUUAUUUUCAGUUGUUGGAGGUAAAAUGUCAGAAGGUAUUAAUUUUUCAGAUGAAUUAGCUAGAGCUGUUGUUAUGGUAGGUUUACCAUUUCCCAAUGCAUAUUCGGGAGAAAUUAUUGCUAAAAGGAAAUUUAUAGAAUCAAGCACCUUACGGAAUGGUGGAUCUCAACUGGAUGCUAAUAUAAAUUCAAGAAACUUUUAUGAAAAUAUUUGUAUGAGAGCUGUUAAUCAAAGUAUUGGAAGAAGUAUCAGACAUAUAAAUGAUUAUUCUGUAAUCUAUUUGAUUGAUUCUAGAUAUGAAUCUUUACGAAUUCAAAAUAAAUUAAGUGGAUGGGUUCGAGAAAGAUUAGAUAAUAAAUUAUUAACAUGUAAUGAUAUAUUACAAGAAACUAAAGAAUUCUUUAAUUCAAAACUUGUAAGUAGAUUAAAUUAAUACAUA